AUUUCAUUGUGCAAAUAAUUUGCUUUCUUUCAAAUAUUUCAUCAACCGAAGACUUCUCUUAUUACACAUACACGGCUUAGUGAUAGAUACAGUAGACCGGUUCUUUUCAAUCAGCAGUUCCGUGAGCAACGUUAUUCUCUGACGACUCGCCAUAUCGUAAUAACACGAGCUGUUCCGAAUGCUGAAGACGGUUUCUUCCGGUUUGGCUCGAAGAAAUUCGCGGGAAAUAAAUAUAUCGUUUUCAUUGUCACCUCUUCGGAUUUGACAUUUGUGGAUGAUUAUACCAGAGAAUCACGUGUUAUUUUAGUAGGAAAGAAACACAAACAGUGAUACUAUUUCUUAUUUUUACUAAAUUACCCGAAAGUCAUGGGAAACGAAACUAGUCAGACCGCCUCUUAUGGCGAGAAGAUUGACAAUGACAUUGUCAUUCGAUCGAAGAAAGUAUCAAAUGAAUUUCCUGCGAGAGAGGGACAGAUUUGUUGUGUGUCGGGGUCAAAGGUAUACGCCUUUGGUGGCGUGUCUCAGCAUGGUGAUGAACUCAGGGAGUCAAAUGACCUCACAGUAUUUGAUACAGAGAAACAAGAAUGGACCAAACUCCCGGUGAAAGGAUGCCCCCCUUCCCCACGUACUGCAGCGGCUAUUGCUGCAGUCGGACAAAAACUCUAUCUCUUCGGAGGCCUCAGUAAUGUUUUUGGCUGGUUUGAUGACUUGUAUUCAUUUGAUAUUGGCACCAACACAUGGUCAGUGGUAUCAGCUGAUGGACCCAAGCCACUCCCCAGGGACAAGCUGCAGUGUGUGGUGUUGGGUAAAAAGAUCUACUACUUUGGCGGAUUCGGUCCCAAGUCAGCAGAUGCAGAUCAGUUAGAGAGUGAGGAUGAUGAGUCGGAUGAUGAAUUACCUGAUGGUGGUGCAGAAUUUGGGUGGUUCAACGAUCUAUAUGUGCUUGAUACUGAGAAGAAUCAGUGGUCUCAGCCGAUGCAGAUGAACCUUGCCCUCCCAACCCCGAGAGCAGCUCAUGCCAUGUGUGCUGUCGACAGAGACAUCAUCAUCUUUGGGGGUCGUGACAUGGAGGCUCGGCAAAAUGAUCUGCACAUAUUCAAUGUUGACACAAGGAAGUGGGCCACUGACCUAGAGGUGAAGGGGAGACAACCAGAGCCCAGGUCGUUUCAUACAGCUGUCAGUGUUGGCAAGCGUGCUGUCAUCAUGGGUGGGCGGGGAACCUGUAACCAGCACUUUGCUGAUGUUCAUAUCUUCGACACAGAAACUCGCGAAUGGCUGCAGCCUAAGUGUGAGGGGGAGAUUCCUGAUGCUAGAGGGCAGCACUCUGUGGCUGUCGCAGGAGACAAACUUGUUGUGUUUGGGGGUUCCCGGCAACUACAGCGACGAGACCAUGCAGUGUCAACAGCACUUCACAGACACAUUCAUCAUGGAUGCAGCUGACUUCACAAAAGGAGGAUCGAAGACAAAA